AUGGCCACCCUCUCAGACACGACGAUCUCAUCACGCAAAGGCGACGGCAGUACUCCUUCGAGAAGGGCGCACGAGUCUACGACUCUGCACAGCAACUUUUCAACCCUCCCCGAGGUGAACACGUAUCUUGCGGAACAUCCAAGCCGCGCGUCCGCGCGGACACUCGACCGUCGGCAUCAUACUGUCCUCGAUUUCCUUGACGUUCAUACCACUCCUCUGACAAAUAUCUCCUAUACGCCAUCCUCGGACACACCUCUCCCAAAUCGCCGCGAGACGGACACUGGGCAGCCUCCUGCUGAAGAAGAGGCGAUCGCAGACGAGCGCGUGAUGGUGCUCCCUUGGCCCUUAGGAGAGCGACUUCUCGCUCUCCUCACGAACAGGCCUGCGCAACACCCACAGGACGGCUCCGUAUCCGGCUCCGAACCCCUUCCCCCAUACGAGGAGCAAGACGCGAGGGCCUGAGCGGCACGGAAAGCUUUCGGCGCCCGCUUUUGCACCUGUCGGGACCGCAUAGAAGCUCUUACUCGUCACCGCGCCUACAGCCGCGCUUGCGAUGAUCGAGACGUUGAAGGCGCUCGGACGGAGUACCUCGGACAGAGCCUAGCUGGACGGCGCCGCGGGGGGAUAUUGAGAGUAACAAUGCCCGGCGCGCGUAAACGCUUC